AUGUGCGACUGGCUCGCCACCCAGGUCGAGCUGCACAGACUCAACACCUACGCAAAGCAAGCCCGCGUAAGCAUGGCUGUCUGCGUGCUGAGCCAAGAGCUUUUCAAGUACCAGGGCUACCGCGGCUGCGCCAUAGUGCUUGGUGGCGUUGACAUACGUGGGCCCUCUCUGUACAAAAUUCAUCCCCACGGCUCAACGGACUCAGCAAGCUACGCGGCAAUGGGCAGCGGCAGCCUUAACGCAAUGGCAGUGCUGGAGGCCGGGUUUAAGGACGGAAUGACUCAAGAAGAAGCGGUCGCUUUGGUGUGUUCCGCGAUAACUGCUGGUGUAAUGAACGAUCUAGGCAGUGGUGGCAAUGUCGAUAUUUGCAUAAUUAAGAAAGAUGAGACAAAGCACAUACGCAAAUACGCUUCCCCCGCCCGUGAAGCGCAGAAGGGUGUGUAUACUCCUUAUGAGAUCGGCACCACACCGUUUUUCAGCCAGCACAUUGAAGAGGUAAGAGCGGCUGUAGCAGUUGAGGAGGACGUCGAGAUGGUUGAGGCGUUGUAG